UAGAUAAGAUUUAUCCUCAAAAUGAGAGUGUUCUGCUCUGAUUUAGUUUUGAUUUCGAUUUUUAAUUUGUGUUGUUCCUUGUUAUCAUUGAAAUCCUCUUUUUAAGGAGUUCUACAGGCAAAAAGUCUUGUUUCAGUUGGAUUUUGUUUGAUACAUGCAAAGUGUGUUUGUUUGCAGUAAAUCUAUCAUACUUAUAAAAUUAUAUCGGGCUCAGCUUUGCUCUUUAAGUUUGAUUCUAGUGAAUGAAGGGGAUCAUAUGGUCUGGUUCAGCAGAAUUUCUGUCUGCAACAUUCAAGGAGUUUUCUCGGAUCCAUUACCUCUAUCAGAGGUAGUGGUAAAAUGCUCGAUCGGGAUGAUGAACUGGAUUCCACUGCCUAUUUAAGUUCGAUAGAGUUUUUAAGGCCAUACAUAUGCCAUACACUCUGGCCACCCAGAAUAACCAGUCAUGGAAAGGAGAUGAUAUGAGUUGGGUUCCUUCAAAUUGUUCUUCUUCUGACCACCCUAUCAAUGGUGAGCAGCUUCUAGGAUCACUUUCUAUAUCCGAAUGCGAAAUGCUUCGAGAGCAGCGAAGCCACUCGUUACCGGGUAACAAGUAUAGUAGGAGCUCCCUUUCUUCUAAUACUCGACUGGAUAGAUUAUUGAAGUUGAGGAAAAGCAAUAAAAUUUCUCAAUUUGAGGAGGGAAGCAAAAGCUUAGCAAAUGGUAGGAGUGAUUUCUUCGAGCAUGAGCUGCCUCUGAAGAACGGUGCUGGGCUUGAUAGGGAGGAUGAGAAUAGGCGUGAAAGCCUGGAAAGCAAUGGAAAAUCUUGCACAGAGAGAGUUGAGUGCGAAGAUUCAAAGCAGCGGUUGCUGGUUGUCGCAAACAGAUUGCCUGUUUCGGCCACAAGGAUUGGCGAGGAAUCCUGGUCUUUGGAGAUAAGCGCUGGUGGUCUAGUCAGUGCUCUUCUUGGUGUGAAGCAAUUCGAGGCAAAGUGGAUUGGAUGGGCUGGUGUAAAUGUGCCCGAUGAACCUGGGCAGAGGGCUCUUACUAAAGCUUUAGCAGACAAGAGAUGCAUACCAGUCUUUUUAGAUGAGGAGAUAGUUCAUCAGUAUUACAAUGGUUACUGCAAUAAUAUUUUGUGGCCUCUUUUCCAUUACCUCGGUCUUCCUCAAGAAGAUAGACUUGCAACCACUCGUAGUUUCCAGUCUCAAUUUACUGCAUAUAUGAAGGCGAAUGAAAUGUUUGCGAAGGUGGUAAAUGAGCAUUAUGAAGAGGGCGAUGUGGUCUGGUGUCAUGAUUAUCAUCUUAUGUAUCUUCCGAAAUGCCUAAAGGAGUAUAAUAGCAAUAUGAAGGUGGGAUGGUUCCUUCACACCCCUUUUCCAUCAUCUGAAAUUCACAGAACUCUGCCAUCCCGCACAGAAUUGCUGAAGUCUGUUCUUGCAGCCGAUUUGGUCGGCUUUCAUACAUAUGAUUAUGCAAGACACUUUGUUAGUGCAUGCACUCGUAUCCUUGGACUUGAGGGCACACCUGAAGGAGUGGAGGAUCAAGGAAGGAUAACUCGAAUUGCUGCGUUUCCUAUUGGGAUCGACUCGGAUAGGUUUAUUCGGGCCCUUGAAAUUCCAGAUGUCCAAAUUCACAUCAAAGAGUUCAAGGAAAGAUUUGCUGGGCGAAAGGUAAUGUUGGGUGUUGAUCGUCUUGACAUGAUAAAAGGAAUUCCUCAAAAGAUACUGGCCUUUGAAAAGUUCCUCGAGGAAAGUCCAGAGUGGCGUGAUAAAGUAGUUUUGUUGCAAAUAGCUGUGCCCACACGGACAGAUGUGCCUGAGUAUCAAAAGCUUACAAGCCAAGUCCAUGAGAUCGUUGGACGCAUUAAUGGACGCUUUGGGACCUUAACUACUUAUCCGAUACAUCACUUGGAUCGUUCACUUGAUUUCCAUGCACUUUGUGCCUUGUAUGCCAUAACUGAUGUUGCCCUUGUGACUUCUUUGCGGGAUGGGAUGAAUCUUGUUAGCUACGAGUUUGUAGCAUGUCAAGACUCAAAGAAAGGGGUCCUCAUUCUUAGUGAGUUUGCAGGAGCUGCUCAAUCUCUUGGUGCUGGAGCCCUACUUGUUAAUCCAUGGAACAUCACUGAAGUUGCUCGUUCAAUUGGUGAGGCUUUAGAGAUGCCAGCUGAAGAAAGGGAGAAACGGCAUAGACAUAACUUUGAACAUGUUACAAUGCACACUGCACAAGUAUGGGCUGAAACUUUUGUUAGUGAAUUGAAUGAAACCAUAGUUGAAGCUCAACUACGGAUUAGACAUGACCCGCCUCUUCUUCCCAUCAACACUGCAGUUGAACGAUAUCUCCAUUCAGAGAAUCGAUUGCUCAUACUGGGAUUCAAUUCAACUUUGACAGAGCCCAUAGAAACUCGAGGAGGAAGGGGUGGUGAUCAGAUUAAAGAGAUGGAGCUUACAUUGCAUCCUGAAUUAAAAGAACCUCUAACAACUCUUUGCAAUGACCCUAGGACAACAGUUGUGGUACUUAGUGGUAGUGAGAGAGAUGUGUUGGACGUGAAUUUUGGGGAGUUCAACAUGUGGUUGGCUGCGGAAAAUGGAAUGUUUUUGCGCCUUACCACGGGGGAGUGGAUGACCACAAUGCCAGAACAUUUAAAUAUGGACUGGGUUGAAAGUGUAGAGCUUGUAUUCGAGUAUUUUACCGAGAGGACUCCAAGAUCUUAUGUUGAAACACGUGAGACUUCACUCGUGUGGAAUUACAAGUAUGCAGAUGUUGAAUUUGGAAGGCUUCAAGCAAGAGAUAUGUUGCAACAUUUAUGGACUGGUCCAAUUUCUAAUGCUGCUGUGGACGUUGUUCAAGGAAGUCGAUCUGUUGAGGUCCGCUCUGUUGGUGUUUCAAAGGGAGCAGCGAUUGAUCGGAUUCUGGGAGAAAUUGUGCACUAUAAGCGCAUGUCAACACCAAUUGACUAUGUUCUAUGCAUUGGCCACUUCUUAGGGAAGGACGAGGACAUAUACACAUUCUUCGAGCCUGAGUUGCCACAGGACCCUGUGGUCAGCACAAGAGGCAAGGCUACGGAUCCCUCUGGAGCCUUGCCAGAAAGGCGAUCCACCCAAAGAUCAGCCUCUGGAAAAGGCAAUGGAAAAUUGAUGCAUAGUCGAAGCAGUGCAAGGUCACAUUCAUCGUCAUCAGUGGAUCAUUAUAAUAAAAAACCAUGGGUAAGUGGCAGUACAGUGGGAGCGGCGUGGAGGAAGAGCCUUGAUCAUCAUCAUGAGGAGAAGAUGAACAUGUCGGUAAAUGAGGGGUCAUCGGUUUUGGACCUAAAGGGUGACAACUACUUCUCUUGUGCUGUUGGGCGCAAGCGCUCGUCUGCGAGGUACAUUCUCCAGUCAUCAGAGGAAGUGGUCACAUUCCUCAUGGCGCUUGCUUCUGCGCAUUGAUGAGUCUCUCACUCUCUCUCUCUCUCUCAUAUGUCAAUGGACUGCCACUAUUUUGCUACAUCAUGACAGAUUAAGUAGCAGUAGAGAUAGCAAUGAUCCAUCACAAGUUUUUCACACAGAACACAGUCCUAAUUUCACCUCUUUAAUUUCAAAUUCCAGUUAUUGGGGUUGCAUGAA